AUGGCAGCAGACGUAGGGAGGAGCAGCAGCAGGCUCAAGGCACCCGCGGGACCAGAGCCACCAAAGGACACCAGAGUCAGGGUGCUGGCUGCCCCUAACGUGCUGAAUCCGAAGGAGUUUGUGCGCAUUGAGGCCCUGCCUGGCUUUGAUCAGAGGGAAGGGAAGGUCUUGGCCAGGAGCAAAACCAUUUACAAGAGCAGUGAACCUCCAAGAGAACAAGUGUUCUGGGAAAACUACCAUAGGAGGCUAAAGCAGUUUGACAAGGGGCUCUUCACUCCCCUUGGGAAGCCUUAUCGGGAGCUUGGAGAUAUUGCCUACACAGACCCGAAGCAACUCACCCUUUACGCCUUGGGGCAGCUCACAGAGCACAGACCCAAGAAUAGUUGUCUAUCCACAGUGCAUAUCUUCAGGGAAGAACAAUUACAGGAAUCAGUGGAAAAAGAUGUGCAGGGAAAACCACCAAAAGAAGUAGCUGAAGUUACUACUGACAAGCACUCUUCCAAGCCAGAGUGUGAUCACUUUCAGUCUGAUGCACCGGAACCAGUGACGAGGCCCUCCCCACUUAUGGAAACUGGAAAAGAGCUGAAGACUCUGAGUGAAUCUCUAGCUAAUUCAAGGCAUCAUGUCAUUUCUGUGAAGCGAGGUGGAGGCUACUUUCGUAUCCUUCAACAAGAGUCACUGGAGAGGAAGAAUGCACGGGAAGCAUCCCAGCAGGCUCAGACCCUGGUGUGGGGAACUGACUUCGAGCCACCCAUGUACUCCUUUGAUGCGGAGGGCUCACCAAAAGAAAGAACCACUUGCUCUCAAGCAGAAGGCAACUAUCUGGGGAUGUCAGAGAAGAAAAAAAUGACCUUGCAGUCCUUCAUUCCUGCUCAGACCAAUCUCUUGAUUCCAAGCUCCCCUGAAGCCAAAAGUGACCAUCUCUUCCGAGAACUGUGUGUCAUACACUGGCUUUUGGAAGCUUUGACUCUUGAAUCCAACAGUUCGAUGCAACCCAUAUCAACCUGUUGGAAUCCAAAGGCUUGCGGUGGUUGUAAAAAAACAGUAAAAGAAGAGGAAGAGUUAAAGUUAGCAAUACGCAUGUGGGAGCGCUUUAUUACAAAGAAAAAGAAAUACACCUGGAAAACAGGAUACAGUUUACUUAGCAGGACGAUAAACAAGAACGUUACUCCAGGUAUCUCUCAGUUUAGCAGUCAGUCAUCUCCCCGUGGUCAAACUCCUCAAGGCAGUGAGCCUUCCACUGUACAUUGCUCUGAAGACAACAUCAAGAUUAAUGACGUGACUGAGUCAGCACAAGCUAAAGAACAACAUCUUUUCCCCCCCCUGCAGAAAUCAAUCCGGAUAGCACGUGGAGAGGUGUCAAAAGAUGUCUGUAAAGAAAAAGCUAUGGUUAAGAAGACUGGACCACAAUGGUUGCCAGAGGUUCAGAAAGACCACAGCAUAAACGUGCGCAGGGAGAAUCGAACACUAGGGAAGCAGAGAUCCAGAAAGCACAGCUGCCAGAUCAGCUCUUUCAUUAAAAGCAAAUCUAACCUGUGUGCUGAUAUGAAGCAGAGGUUCACAGCAGUCCGGGAAGAGGCAGCUUGCUGUUUACAUGAUAUCCUAGUGAGCCUUGAGAGGAAGCAGGAAGAGCGAUGUUACCAAAAAUACAGGGCUAUGAAACUAUCAAAGAAUUUCAGAAAAGAAUUGGACAGAAUAAGACAGCUGAGCAUGAGAGCUGAGAAAGAACAUGGUGAAGAUGAACUAAACUGGGCUCCCCUAUUGCUUGCCAGACUUCCGGAGUCUGUGAAGAACGACCUUUAUAUCCAGAAAAUCUUAAAGAAAUUGGAAAAAUACAGCAAGAAUCCAGACUUGAAAAUUGAUCCGGAGACCUUUCUUAAGGUUCUGGAUGAUCUACGUGUGUGGGAGCUGUGCUCUCCAGAAAUUGCUGCAGCUGUGGAGUUUGUACGUGAGAAUAUUGUGCGGAUGCCAGAAGAGGAUUUCAGCAAGUGGUUUCAGACAAAAGUAGCCCCCCUCAGUGCUAGAAUUCCUUCACCUUCUAAAUCCUUGGUGAAGUAGAAGUCCUCCACCUUCUAAUCAAACAACCAGAUGAGAUGGUUUUCCAGCUACAACUGUCUUUAAGCAGAAAAUAUUGCCUGUUGAGAUCUGCCUCAAGGAAGACCAGGAAGGAGAGGUAACUUCAGGAAGUCCCACUGACCACUCUUGCACAGCUGAAAUUUGUCCCUCUACUGUUUUCUGUUGGCUGUAGUUAGAGAAAAUAAAAGCUAAAUACUCUUGCUCCUUCCUGUAUGAUGUCUUGGACACACCAUCGCAUUUCAAUCUCAUCUAACCAUGCAGGAUGAAGACUGAGUUUCUAAUCACAGGUUAGGUCAUUUCUUCAGAUAUUCCUCCAGCACCUACUCAGUUGGGAUAUACUGAUUUCCACAUCUGAACAGCAUUGUCUCUAUUUUCAUUUUAUCACUCCUUUAUAAAAAAUUAUCCCAAGCACAGGGUAGUU